AGGCUCCGCCCCCGUCUGUCCCUCCAGCCCUGGUGCAGCUGCUUCCGGGCUCUGCGGCUCCAGGCGGCCUGGGGAGGCCGCGGCCCGGGAGGGGUCGCAGUGCACAGUGCCCGGACGCCUAGGUACCCCGGCAGGCCCGCGCUUGGCCUCGCGACGACGAUUUCCCGAGACACCUCUGGCCUGACCUUGUGGAGGCUGCGUCUCAGCUGCCGGUCGGGCCGCUGUGUAGGAUUCAUAACCCUCUGAAUCAAGGGAAGAACGCUGCUGGCUGGAGUUUGCUCAACACCUCUCUCCUAACCCCCAAUAGGAGAUUGAUUGCCUGUUGUUGAGCUCCCUUAGGUCAGCAGUUCAGGACUCUCCAGAUUGGGAUUACCUGAGACCCAGGGCCACCUGCCUUCCUUCCUUCCCUCUUGGAUGGAGUACCGCCUCCCCAGUUUCUGGGGCACCUUGGGGCGUGGCCUUGGAAACAAGCCGCUUUCCACACUUGAGGCUGCACAGCAUCCCGAGAAGUGGAGAGCCACUUCUGAGUUCAGAGUAGAACUCACAAAACAGAUAACAGUUCUUCUGAGCUGGAACAGACUGGCUUCAGAGGAGACACUCAGGCCCCAAACCUGAAAAUCUAAGCGGUGCCAGGAAGCAGCCCCAGAAUCUAGGGACUCACUACACAUCCCAACCAUGUUCCUGCGACGCCUCGGUGGUUGGCUACCUCGCCCCUGGGGCCACCGGAAACCAACGAAGCCUGACCUGCCUACCCCAGAACUCAGACGAAUGGAUAGCUCCUCUGAGAAUUCAGGGAGUGACUGGGAUAGUGCCCCAGAAACCAUGGGAGAUGUGGGGCCUCCCAAGACCAAGGACACAGGGGCACGGAGGAGCUCUGGGGCUGCUCCAGAACCAAGCAGAGAGUACCGAGAUGAGCAACUGGGGAGCAACAGAAUGGAUUCCUUCAAGUGGAACAAGACUGCUUCUAACACUCAAGAGUCUGGGAGACUGGAGACUGGAGGGACCAUUCCCAAACUGGGCUGGGAUCCUGUGGACUCAAGUGGCACCAGACUUGGAGUGUCCCCUGAAGAGGUACUGAGCCCCCCUGUGCCUGAAGCCCCAGUGGAGAAGCCAGGGCAGCGUCAGAAGCUGCUGGGCUGGCUGCAGGGGGAUCCAGGUGGAAGAACAGGGGCUCCCUUGCAGUACCUGGGGAGCCCAGAGGAGAGUCUGCAGAUAUCAACCAACCUGACUCUGCAUCUGUUGGAGCUGCUUGCCUCAGCCCUGCUGGGGCUGUGCUCACGCCCUCUGAGAGCAGCUUUGGACGCGUUGGGCCUGCGUGGACCGCUGGGCCUCUGGCUGCAUGGGCUACUAUCCUUCCUAGCUGCCCUGCAUGGGCUCCAUGCUGUGUUGAGCCUACUUACUGCUCACCCUCUGCACUUUGCCUGCCUCUUUGGUCUCCUACAGGCCCUGGUGCUGGCAGUCAGCCUCCGGGAGCCCAGUGGGGAGGAGGAAGCCACUGACUUGGAGGAUGAGAAGUUGGAGAGGGAGGGUAAGGAAUAGAGGAGACCCAGGAGAGGGGUUAUGCCUGCAGGAUAGGGUGUGACCUAGUGACCCAACCCUGAGUGGGGUGGGAGAAAGAGUAGGUGUAGGAGAGUGGGGGCCAUGACCCAGAUGUAAGCAUAGGGACCUCAGGAAUGGGGAAGAAACCCCAGAGUAUGAGGGCAUGGCCUUCCUUCACACACAGGAGAGUAGAGCUAUUUAGGGCAUCUGUUUAUGUACAAUGGGGAUAUGGCCCUUGAAUUCACCAGCUGUUGUUACUUCUUGCUUUUACAUUUCUCCCAUUUCGUUUAUUCUUUCCACCUUUACUUUUUAAAAGAAAAAAAAAAAAGCAUAGUGAUGAAAAAUAAAGACUAAAGAGUCAUCGUUACCUUUCAAAACUACCCAGAGGUGGAGACCAGAAGCAGGACAGAAAGGCUUCUGACUAGGGUAAGAGGGUGGUUGGAGACCCAAGGGAUCCCUUGGAUCCUAGGAUCUAAGCCAUGUAGGGAAGAAUGGGACUGAGGCAGGUGGGUUAAGGGGUGUGGAUAGGGGCCUACAGUGAUUAGGAGCCUGCAGGAAGGAUCUGGAUCUUCCCAGGAGCCAGGGGGAGUGGGUAUGGUGCAGGUCAUAUAGGCAGGAGGACCGAUUCAGAGGGGUUGGCAGUUCAGACAGGCAGUAUGGGGAAGAACUGGAGCUUGGAGUUCCCACUCUGGGACUAGGUGUUUGCACAGUCAGCAAUAAAUGUGUCACAUCAAAUCCUAAAUAUACCACUACAAAGAGAGUUA